AUGAAACAACACGGUGUUAGUCAAGAAGAAGCGGUUAGAGAAUUGAAGAAGAUGAUUAAGGAUUAUCAAGAGGUCAUGAUGGAUGAGUUCUUUAAAGCCUCUUCCACUGUGCCACGCCAGGUUAUAGUGCGAGUCUUCAAUACUGCACGUAUGAUCAAUUUGUUCUACAAGGAGGGUGAUGGAUUUGGUCAUGCCAAUGACAAUUUCAAAGCCAUGUUCACAUCUUUGUUUACAUAA